AGGUACAAAUUAUUUGUCAAGAAUAAACGAUAGACCGUGUAGAUAUUUAAGAUAUGUCAGUAAAAUCUAAGGAUUAGUGUUGUCUUAAGCAUUGUUUUGUGUAGUUUUCAUGUCUAGGUUUGAAAAAUAUUGAAAUAAAGUAAAACAAGUGCAAGAAUAUUUGCUGAACAUAAGAGAAAAAAAUCUACGAACUGUUUAUUUUGUGGGGGAAAAACUUUGUUUUGGAAAUGUCUCAGAAUGAUGAUUAUAUGCUGAAAAAAAAACAGUAACCGGGUAAAUAAACAUCCGUGUUAAAGCUAGUUUAAAAAACAUGUUUCAAGUUUGUAUUUGUUGCAAGCGAAUGGCCAGCUUCCAAAUAUUGAUUUGCUGAGAUCCUGGAAGAGCCAAGUUGAAGAAUAUCCAAUGGGAUAUAGUUCUGCCUCUUUGAAAGUAUCUGAUGACACUGUAUACGUACUGAAUGGGGCUGGGACUGGAAAUGCAAUAGUCAAGUUUUCCUUAAACGGAGACUACAUUGGUAAAAUCCCUGGUUGGUAUAACUGGCCAAUGGAAAUAGUUGUCGGACCUAGAAACCAGGUUUUCUUAUCUGCGUUUGGAGCAAUGGGAGACAAUAAUUUGCUAAGGCCUGGACUUGUUUUAUAUAAUUCCUCGGAAGAAUAUUUCCAUGGAUUCCAUCAGAAUGAAACUGGAUUGGGAAGACCUUACGGAAUUCAUAUUGUUGACAACAAUGGACCUAGUUCAAGAAUUGCUGUUUGUGAUUGGAUAAAUAACAUGACAAGGAUUUUACAGGUAGAUUGGGACUCAGGAAUGGUGUCAACUCUUCCAGAACCAAUAAUUUAUACACCUUAUCCAUUCAGUUUAGUGGUUGAUAAAGAGAAAGUGCUGAUAGCGAGCACGGUCUGUUGUGAGGAGUUUCAUGAACCUCUUAACAAGAUAUCUCUUUAUGGUCUGGAUGGGGUAUUGAUUGCUGAAGUUCAAAUACUGCCUACAGGAGAGUCUUUUAUUGAUCCUCAUACCGUAGCUGUUGAUCCGGCUGGAAAUUAUUUGGUAGUUGAUGGCGUUUUAAACAAGACUAUGUUGUUUAACCCAGAGCUUGAAUACCUUGGAUUGGUUCCUGGGAUUGUAUCUCCCAACUCCAUUACUUUUUACAAGGACGAGAUGUUCACACUGGUGAUGGAAAACUCUGAAAAUCCAGAAUAUUUUGUCAAAGUUUACAAGUAUGGUUAUUAAUAAAAGGACGUAUAACUUGA